UCUCUCUCUCUCUCUCUCUUUCUCUCUCUCUCUCUCUCUCUCUCUCUCUGGUUGAUAGGAGGUUUUGAGGGGUCAGUGUGAAUAACAGGAAGUUGAGGCUGGGCUGUGGUUCUACUGGUCGCUUGGGCUGGACGUCCCCACAGUUCACACUGGUUCACACUGCUGGAGUGAGCUGGAGUGAUUUCCUAGAGUGAAGUGGGGGAGUGCGCUGGAGUGAGCUUCAAGAGUGUGCUGGAGAGAUUUCCCAGAGUGCAUCCAGAGUGCUUUUGGGAGAGUGAGACGGAGUGAUUUCCAGGAGUGUGCCAGAGUGACCGGGGAGAGUGCACUGGAGUGACCUGGGAGUGAGCUGGAGUGAGCUGGAGAAACAGACAGUGUGAUUAUUUUAUCUCUGGAUUAAUACAGAAAUCUAAAUCAUCUGGAAAUCAGAACAUCAUCUGAUGAUGAUCCAUCCUGUCCAGAGGGUGAUGGGCUGGACGUUGCUUUGGACAGGGCUUGUGGUCCUGCAGUUUGUCCUCAGUGUGGCUGCAGAUGUUGAGGAGGUCCAUCACAGCUCGGUUCUGCAAAGACAUAAACGAGAGUGGAAGUUUAAUACGUACUUCGCUAAUGAGGAGCUGAGAGGAAGGCUGCUUCCACAGAAAAUCGGACAGUUAAUGAACACAGAAGCCGAAAAAAAGCCCGACACUGAGUUUCAGAUCUCAGGGGAAGGAGCGAAUGAGCUCUUUACAGUGAACAACGUUGGAGAGAUCUUUGUCACAGCAACUUUAGACCGAGAGAAGAAGAGCAGCUACAAACUCAGCGCCCAGAUCAGAAACUCCAGCACUAAAGCAAGACUGGAGCCAGACGCUGAGUUUCACAUCAAAGUCCUGGAUAUAAACGACAACAAGCCGAUUUUCUCAGAUAUACCGAUCGGAUCCGUCUACGAGCGAGCAGCUAAAGGUACCGAAGUGAUGACUGUAACUGCCACUGAUGCAGAUGAUCCAACAACAGCCAAUGGGAAUAUUGUCUAUACACUGAUGAACGGAACUAACUACUUCAGAAUUUCAAAUCAAACAGGUAGAAUCACAGUUGAGGACAGCCGAUUGGACCGUGAGACUCAGAGUCAGUAUAAGCUCGUAGUCCAGGCCUCAGACAUGUUCGGCCAACCUGGAGGAUUUACGACCACCACCGUCGUUACUGUUAAUAUAAAUGAUAUUAAUGACAACGCGCCUGCUUUUACUGGAGGAACCUUUAGAUUUAUGGUGAAAGAAGACGUGAAGACGCCGUUUGAAAUUGGAAAACUGACUGUAAAGGACCAGGAUGAGAAGCAGAAUAAAAACCCUAUGUUUACGAUCCAGGGAAAUAACGAUCUGUUCUUCGUGAAUCGAGACGACGAUGGUGACGGAGCUCUCAUAAUCAACAAGGGUCUGGACUACGAGACCAAUCCCUCGUACAGUUUCAUGGUGACGGUGAGCGAGGCCGACGUGGUCCAGCCCCCGGACUCUCAGCGAUCUGUGGUGACCUCGGCUCAAGUGUUCAUCUCGGUUCUGGACGUUAAUGAACCGCCGGUUUUUACCCAGACUGAGUACAACUUUCAAGUUCAUGAAGGUCAGAACAAGAACAAAAUCGUUGGAUCGGUUUCAGCCAGCGACCCAGACAAGCCUGGUUACAAAAUAAGUUACGCCAUCAGGAGCCUGAAGUGUCCACUGGAAAUAAACCAGCAGACCGGUCAGCUCACCGUGAAGGAAGAACUGGACCGAGAGUCUGAGGAGUCUCAUAUAUGUGAGGUCACGGCACAGGAAGGGCCUCCGAGCGGACUAAUAUCCUACGCCAUGGUCAAGCUGAAGGUUCUGGACAUCAACGAUAACGACCCAGUACUGGUCAACGGGAGCAACGUGUACAUCUGUGAGAAAGAUAAAAAAGGAGAGAUAAUUGGAACUAUUGGUGCGUUCGACAAGGACAUAAACACUGGAAUAUUCCGCUUCACUCUGGCAACAAAGACUUCCAAUUUCUCCCUUCACGACAACUUAAAUAACACAGCGAGCAUCAUACUGAACCAUGGGGGCUUUAAGACGGAUCAUUCCGCAGAGACUACUCUGGAUAUUGAUAUCUCAGACAGCGGUUCUCCACCCCGGAAGAGCCGGAACACCUUACACAUCCGAGUGUGUACCUGCUGGGAGAACCGGCGGGAGGAAUACUGCCGGUCCUACGCCCAAACCGGCGUCAGCGUCAGCGCCCUCAUCGCCAUCCUGCUCUGCAUCGCCACCAUCCUCGUGAUCGUGAUCCUGUUCGUGUUGAGGAAACGUUACCAGAAGGAGACGCUGGUCGCUCUGGGGAAAUCGGCCGGGGAGAUUCACGAGCAGCUGGUGACCUAUGACGAGGAGGGCGGAGGAGAGAUGGACACCAACGGCUACGACGUUAGCAUCCUGUCCUCGGCCUGCCACAGCGGGACCCUGCGGGUGGCCCCGGGGCCCGCCAUAUACGCCGUGGCUAAAAAGCCCCCGGCCUGUAAAGGAGACAUGGCCAUGAUGAUCGAGGUGAAGAAGGACGAAGCGGAUCACGACCGCGACGGAAUUCCCUACGACACUUUGCACAUCUACGGCUACGAGGGCACGGAGUCGUUAGCGGGAUCGCUGAGCUCUCUGGAUUCGUCGUCCGUCGGAUCCGCUGUGAAUUACGACUUCCUGAGCGACUGGGGGCCGCGGUUCAGGACCCUGGCUCAGCUUUACGGAAUGGACGAAUCGGACUCUGACAGUUCGUACUGAUCUGGGAACAUCUCGACCACUCGCCAUCACAAACGGAUCGGUUCCUUCAGGCAGAACCACGUUAGGAAUGUGAGGAGGGUGGAGUUAAUUUGGUUUCUUGUUUUUGUUUUUGUUUCCAUUGUUGGCUGAGCACCAGUGUUUGUCCUGCUGGUGGUAAUAAUGAUUACAGCAGCUGGACCGACAUCUGUCAUUGGAGCCAGAUUGUGUUUUUGCAUUCAAUUACAGUCCCUUAAGUUCUAGAUACUGUACCUACAUUGAUUUUGACUCAAUUACCACCUUUUAUAUAAAUAAAAGUAGAUGUUUUACUUUUAUUAUACUAGAUAAUAUUUUAGCCUAACAGUGUUAUCAUUAAGAUUAAUUUUUGGGGAAACACACCCCGUCCAUUAUUAUUCGAUUUUAAGAUAAAGAGGACAGAAAAUAAAUCUGUUUAUUUUAAACGUUUCAAAAGGUAAAAUAGCCUAAAACAGCCUAGUCAUUAAACAUUCAAAACUUAGGCAUAAAGGGGACUUCUUACUGGAAAAACCUCUUCGAGAGUGCCAUUACCGAGCAAUACUGGUCCUGCUAAAUCGUUUCUCAGCUAAUCACAUACAGGGGUUGGAACUAAAUGUGUUACAAUCCAAAUUAAAUCAUGAAUAAAAGUAUAUACAGCAUACUACAGGGAUUCUACAGUAUCUUACAGCAUUCUUACAGAACUUAUUUCAUUGCUAAAGACAUGAGUUAUUGCAAAUCAUUCAUAUUAACAUAACUACUAAUAUGUGGUUCUGAUCACAGCCGCUCUGAUACAUUACUGUAUGUUUUACUGGGAUUGAUGUAAGAUAUCAUACAGUAGACAAUAGGCGGAUAUCAUAAGACCUUCUAAUCCGCAAACACACGUGACCCCUGACCCCGACCAUAUGUGCACGCGUGACAAAAAAACAGGAUUACGUAUCGCCAUAUCGUAUCAUGGUAUAACAUGAGUUCAUUCACUAGUUAGUAUUUCAAAUGAUUUAAAUGAGGAAAGGAAAAGCCUGAGCUAUUCUGUGUUUAUACAGUGUAUACACAGUAGAUUGGUGUAUUGUCUCACACACACACACACACACACACAUAUACACAAACACACACAAAUAUAGACAUAGACAUACACACAUAAACAAACACACACUCAUCGUAAAUGAAAAAGAGAAAAUAGCCUAUAUAUGUUUUUCACACUACAUCACACAGACUUGUUUUUUUAUUCCUUUGCUGUCCAUCAAAAGUUUGGGGACACCCCUCUUAAUAUCAAAAUUUGUUAAUAUAAUAUAGCUGUUCACAGAAUUGUUUUUAGAGUGCCAUUACUGUGAGAUACUGGCACUCAUUAUAUAACCUUUUUAUUAGCCUAUCAGCCAAUUACACUGGAAGGUCAGAACUUACUGCAGUAUAAUAUAUAUUUUUUUUGUAGCUUGUAUCCUUUGCAUCUAUUUAAUUUCACAAUAAAUCAACCAAUAGAAAUGCUAGAGAAAAGAAAAUGCCUCUGAAUUAGCAUGAAUAAAAUGUUGUGCAAACUGCUGUGUUGAAGACACAAGGCUUUUGUUUGACAGUUAUGAUAUAUACUGACAUGCCAAAAGUCAUGGAACAGCAGUAACAGUGAGUAACUUGAUCAUAUGUGAUCACAUGCCUUACAUGACAUGGGAAUAUCCCACACCCUUUUACAACAUAUUCGGAUAUCAGUACUUUUACAGUAUUUUUUUGGACUGUUUUUUUUAUAUAUAUAUUUAGCUUCAGUUUCUGCUUUUAAUAAUAGAUGAAACAAGUUUGAUGAAUUUCUUAAUGUGCUAAAUAUCAGCUGAUCCAAGCAUUAAAGCUAAUUUAGCAUCAUCAAGCCUUUACAGCAGAUUAUACUUAUUUUGAUUGCAGAAAAAGGUGUUGUCCUUAAACUUUUGAUGGUUGGUGUGUUUUUUUAUUCUGUAUUUUUUUUAUAUAUCAUUGUUAUUUUUGAAGAAACACUGUAUGUAAAGAGUUUCUGAGUGCAGGAGGUUUAGGAAAGUUGCAGUGGUCAGCAGCAACAGUGGCAGCAGCAGCGGCAGCAGCAGCGGCAGCAGUAGCGGCGCUGGCCCGUCUUGGCAGGAAAUGACCGCAGCGCUGUGGGAGCAGCAGAGGAAGUGGUGGCAGCAGGGCAGUGACAGAAUUAAAGCUCAGUAAAGGAGAGUAUUUGACAGGCAUCAUCCUCACGCCGAUUGUUGUGAAUAAAGCAGAGUCCUCUGAGAUCGGCUGUAAUAAGGCAAUAGCCGAAUUCUCCGGAAGCGUGCGGCCGCUCACUCGCUCGUAAAGAGUGAGAAUUAACUGCCAACAACUUUAACCUCUCGACCAGAGCGACGCUCGGCCGCGGCUACUGAGCAAAAUGCCGAGUAUGAUGAAGCUGGUUGACCAACAUGACUAAUAUUGCCUAGUAUUUCCACGAGCCCAACAAAACAGACAAAGCUUGUUGACUACCAUGACCAAACUGGCCCAUCCAGCAUCCAGAACCAAGCAUGUUGAUCAUUUAGACCAACCAGACUAAGCUGGUUCACCUGUAUGAUUAGCCUUACCAAACCAGGGUAGGUAACCAGCAUGACCAGUAUGACCAAGGUGGUUGAGUAGCAUGUCCACCACUACCACCAUAAUCAACCUGGUUGACCAGCAUGACUGGUAUUAUCAAGUUGGCUGAUAGGACUAUUUUAACCAAGCUGGUUGACCAGCAUAACCAACCUGAUCAAACUGUCCAACAACAUGACCAAGACUUUUGACCAUCAUGACCAAACUGGCUUCCUAGCUUAACCAGACUGGUUCACCCAUAUGACUUGAUUCUGACCAUUAAUAUGACCAACCUGACCAACUGCUCCACCCGUAUAACUAGCAUGACCAAACUAGGUAACCAGCAUGACCAGUAUGACCAAGGUGGUUGAGUAGCAUGUCCACCACUCCCACCAUGACCAAGAUGGUUGACCAGGAUGACUGGUAUUACCAAGUUGGCUGAUAUGACCAUUAUAACCAAGCUGGUUUACCAGCAUGACCAACCUGACCAAACUUGCCAACAACAUCACCAAUAUUUUUGACAAUCAUGACCAAGCUGGUUGAUUAUCAUGAUCAAAAUGGCUGACUAGCUUGACCAUUGACCAUUAAUAUGAUCAACUUGAUCAAGCUGGUCCACGUGUAUGACUAGUAUGACCAAAUUGGGUAACCAGUAUGACCAAUAUGACCAAGGUGACCACAGGUUGACCAUUAUGACCUUGCUGGUUCCUCAAAGUGACCAAAUUAGCCAACCAGCUUUUGCCAAUCAUAGCAACCAGUAACAGUAGCUUGAUGGCCAGUUUGGUCAAGUUGGUUGUCUACCCAAAUUGGCAUUGUGAAGCCAGACAGUUGUAAUGGGAGUUUUUGGGUUUGCCACAGCUACCCAUUGGCAUUGGUUGUUGCUAGGAGUUUGCUAUAAUGUACCUUCUUAAACAGAUUCUCAGUUACAGUUACACUCAAAUAAUCAGCCUAUCAGCCAAUCACAAUGGAAGGUCGUAACUAACUGUGGGAUAAUAACAGUGAAUAAAACUAAAGAAACAGCAGGACACCCCAUACAGUAGCAGGUUGUGUUUUUCUUGUUUUGUUGAGUUUAUUCUUCUUUAAAACUCUUCUUUCUAGUGCCCGCUGGUCCCGCAGGUCUCAGGGCUGACGGUAAAUCCUGUGAGGAUAAAUAGAGAAGAUUAGCUUCCAUUGUUUGUUAGCGUUAGCCAUUCUCCGAGUGUUUACCUUUGAAUCACAGACGGCUACCUUCGUCUUCAUCAUUACACACAAUACGAGGAAGCCAUCUUCCCCCCUUUCCUGCCAGCGAUCCCAUUCAGCGCUACGCUCACAUACGCUAACGCCGAGCCACCCCAAAUACGGCCACUUCCUGUCCGUGCGUGUGCUUCCUGUUCUCUUAUCUGUUAAGUGAAGUCACACAUUGGAGCGGCUUCCUGUUUUCAUUCCAGAGGGAAAAUCCCAGGAAAUCUGUUCAAGAAAAACUGUUAGCACAAACUGUGACGCUAACCGCUAACGGCUAACCGUUAAACACUAACAUUUCAGAGUUCUGAUUUACUUCUGAUUAACUGAUGUUUUUUUUUCUUGCUCCACUGGUUAUUGUGUUUUUAUUGGUUUAUUUUUUUCUGUAGUCUGUUUCCAGUAUAACCCAGUUUUAGUGCAUUCAUUUUUACUGAUUUAGUACCAGUAUUAUAUCCAUAACUCUGUCUGAACUGCUGUUUUAUAUGUACUGAUGCCGAACUGCACGCUGUAAGUGCAGUCACUUGAAUUCUUAACCACUUUACAAUAAGACUGUCCUUUAUUACUGUAAUAAUGAGGUCGUAAACAUCUUAUAAUUCAUUAAUAAUCGGUUUUAACACACUGUUGGUUCAGUUAUCAGCUUUAGGCUAGAAUAAUAUACAGCUCUGGAGAAAAUGACGAGAGCCCUUCAGUUUCUGAAUCAGUUUCUCUGAUUUUGCUAUUUAUAGGUUUGAGUUUAUAUGUUUGAGUAAAAUAAACAUUGUUGUUUUAUUCUAUAAACUACAGCUAACAUUUCUCCCCAAUCCCAAAAUUCAGACCUCAAAUAAUGCAAAGAAAAUAAGUUCAUAUUCAUAAAGUUUUAGGAGUUCAGAAAUCAAUAUUUGGUGAAAUAACCCUGGUGGUUUUUAAUCACAGUUUUUUUUUAUUCAUCUUGGCAUCAUGUUCUCCUCCACCAGUCUUACACACUGCUUUUGGAUAACUUUAUGCUGCUUUACUCCUGGUGCAAAAAAUCAAGCAGUUCAGUUUGGUUUGAUGGCUUGUGAUCAUCCAUCUUCCUCUUGAUUAUAUUCCAGAGGUUUUCAAUUUGGUAAAAUUAAAGAAUUUCAUCAUUUUAAGUGCUCUCUUAUUUUUUUUCCAUAGCUGUAUAUUGCCCUACACCAAUAAAAGUCCUAACACUACAUUGCCUUUUACUCUGUAGUAAAUAUAACCUUGUAAGUCCCUCUGGAUAAGAGCAUCAGCUAAAUGCUUUGUAAAUGUAAAUGUAAUGGGUAGGUUAAAUGGUUCAGUUAUUUUUAAUUAAAAUUAAAAUUUAAAUGAUUUAUAAUGUGUUUAUGACCUCAUAAUUUGUCUGGUCUAAUUCUAAAACAUGUAUUAUAAACAUUAUUAACCCUUUAUAAGGGUGGUCUUAUUGUAAUGUGCUUUCUUAACACUGUUAUUUCUUUUUUUAUGCAUAUGUUAAAAAGGCAAUAAUGUCUCUAUAAAGAGGAAAAUGUGCAAAAACACUGGAGGAGAAUCAGAAACACUGUAUAUAGAGAAGCGUGCCUGCUGUUCAGGUGAUGGUGUGAUUUUAUUAUUGUUGUUAUUGUUAUUAUUAUUAUUAUUAUUAUUAUUAUUAUUAUUAUUAUUAUUAUUAUUAUUAUUAUUAUUAUUCUGUUCUGUAUGGGGGUAAACGCUCACAAUCAAUUUAUACUUGAUAAUAACUGUCUGUCUGUCUGUCUGCUGGUGCUGAAUGACUGUUUUAUACAGUGGAUGAAGUCUGCUGAGGUACUUCCUCAGGCUGUCCACUAGGUGUCAGUGUUGUAAUUGCUUAUUUUUGAGUGUGUGUGGUUGUAAGUUUGAUUACAGUAUAACUGAGAGAGUGUGUGCGUUAGUUUUGUGUGUGUGUGUGUGUGUGUGUGUGCGUGUGCGCUAUAAAAGCAAUACGUGCCUUUAAAAAAAAAACUUUUUUAUUGUUUAUAAUCUGUAAAAUCAUCAAUUGUUGCCAAUUUUGUAUUCAAACAAU